UUCUUACCUUUUUUAUUUUUCAAGAAGAAAAGUUAAAUAUAUUGAGAAAUUUGAUGCAAGGGAAAUAAGGAUGCCACACUUGCGGACUUAAUUGAUGUUAUCAGCGGCAUAGACCAGGAUAUGAUUAAUUUUCUUGGACUUAGCUUGGUUUAUUUGCUGGAUUCCAAUUGUUUUGCUUACUGAUCACAGUAUAAUUUUUUUUCCUUUCAACUCGGGAUUUGAUCUUGAAAAAUGUCUGCAAAUGGAUUCUUGCUUGAAGGUCCUUCUUACCAGGAUCAAUUCUCAGAAGACGAGGAUGAGGACGUGGUUCGUGCUAUUGGACUAUCUCUUCAAGAAUCAAAGGGAAAAGACAUAUAUAUAGGUAGUAAGUCAGCAAGGGUCAUUAGUAAUGUUGCCUUCUCAUCUCACCUUUUUAAGCUCAAUUGUUGUCCUAAUUUGGAGUGUCAUCAGAACGAUGAAGUGGAAAUACUUGCAGAAGUGCUGGAAGAAAGCACAUUAUCUUCUGCAGAUUUGAGCACCAGCACUGAAGGCAGCGAACUGAAAUGGUGGAAACUAUUCAAGGAGUUCAAUCCAUCUGUCCAUACAUCAAAGGGCACUUCUUGGUGGAGAAAGAGUAGCAAGCGGUGCAACACUCUUCUUUGUGAUGUUUGUGAGGAACAAAUUAGCUCGGAGUGGUUAAGGUGUACCUACUGGGGCCAGACUGUCUGUAAAAAGCAUAUAUCAGAUGGAACUCCCUGCUGCUGUGCCUGUUCUAGAUUUAAGAUAGGAGACAUCAAGUAUAUCACUCUGAGUGAUGGUCGACAACUUUGCCCUGAUUGUCAUUAUACAGCAGUGAUGGAUCCUGAAGACUGUAAGCCCCUUCUUGAUGAAGUUCACAGAUUUUUCAAAGGAUUAAACAUGAAAAUCAGAUAUUACAUUCCAAUUCUGCUAGUUGACCUAGAAGAGAUAAUCAGAAUCCAUAAAAAGAGCAUACUUGGCUCGACGAUUUAUGAGAAAUUUGAACUGAAAGCCGUAAAUUAUGUUUCAAAAUCAAUACAAAGGGGUGAAAAUGUUGAAGUGGUGAAAGAAGUAGAACAACUGCCUCCAGGACGCAAAGUGAGAGCAGUGCUGCUUUUAUACGGCUUUCCAAAGUUGGCCAUUGGAUCAACUUUGGCUCAUGAACUGAUGCAUGCUUGGAUGCGCGUUCAAGGCUAUAGAGGACUGGCCCUAAACAUUGCAGAAGGUCUUUCUCAGGUUAUGGCUCAUAAGUGGCUAGAAUGGCAAUCUUUCACCGGCCAUGACUACAUGAAGGGUACAAGUGAAAAAGCUCAGUUCUUGAGAAAUUUGAAAGAAUUUAUGAAAGAUGGAAUAGAGAGAAGAUAUUCUGAGGCAUAUGGUCAUGGAUUUAGAGAAGCAAAAUGGGCAGUUGAACGUUAUGGUUUAAGAUACACACUCAAGCAUAUAGCUCGUAAGGGCAAGUUACCUGAAUGACUUAGUUCAGCAAAAUGGGCAGUUGAACGUUAUGGUUUAAGAUACUCACUUCAAUGGCCAGUUGAACAUAAUGGUUUAAGAUACACGGGGCAAGUUACCUGAAUGACUUGCUCGGAGAGAAUCACAAUGUGGGGAAUUGAACCCUCAUCAACAAAGUGAGAAUUCAGAUAGUCAACCAACUAAGCUACUAAGAUUCUCCUAAAUGACUCACUUCUCCAGGUGACAUUAUUAAUUUUUGUGUUAAUUCAUUCAUCAUUUGGAUGAAACUGAUGGUUCUUGGACAAACAUUUCUGUGAAAAACAUGUAAUUUUUUGUAAUUUACUUUUAUGACUCCAAAUUGAGGCCCUGAAAUUACAUGGGUAACACAAAAAGUACAUAGGGAUAGUGACUUAUUUUUCUUACAAAUUUCUUGACUUUUAAUAUCACAUUGCUUGCUAUUUGGA